CGAAGGAUGACUUGAAUUUGUUUGGAGUGGUGGAGACAAAGGAGGAGGCUGUACAGUCUUUGAGGGUGGUUGCUUUUGAGUUCAAGCAUUCCUCAUCAACGAAUGCUAUCCUCCAUAAAACAUAAAAUAAGAAAAAAUCAAUCAGACCAACAACAACAACAUCAACAUCAACAACAUCAUCAUCAUCAUCAGCAUGGAAAACAAGAACCCAUCAGAAGAAGAAACAACAGCAGAAGAACAGGAAAAAGAACAAGAACAACACGGACAAGAACCAGAACAAGAUCAAGAACCAAAACCAGAACCAGAUCAAGAUCAAGAACCAGAACAACAGCAAGAACAAGAAAAACAACAACAACAACAACAACAACAACAAGAACAAGAACAACAAGAACAAGAACAAGAACAACAAAAACAAGAACAAGAACAAGAAGAGCCUCCUCAAUCUCCCUCACCCGAACCAACCGAUAGCACUUCAAGCAAUCAACUGACUAGCCCAUCAGCAGAUCCAACCCAAAAACCACCCUCAUCAGCACCUAGUAGCCCACUGGACUCAAUCAAACUUGGAUCAAAUGAAACCGAACCGCUCGAUUUAAGUACCUCCGACCUCGCUAUCGCAUUGGAACCAUUCGGCUAUGGAAGGGAUAGGCUCACCGGACAGAGAUCAACCACCCUCAGGCAACUCCCAGAUAUCCUCACCAAGUUUCAAAACUCUCGGGAUACCGUCUAUUUCACUAAGGAUGGCCUCAAACAGAUCAUGGACUACGCUGCAAGCAACCCAGAACAAGUAGUCGAAAACGAUUUCCUCAACGGUCUCCUCCAAACCGCCAAACAGUACAACGCCAAUCCUUCUCAUCAAGAACCUUCAGAGCGGAACAGCCAAUCUCCUUCCCCCGACCACCGUAUUCGUACCACAGAGUCUCCCUCUAGCAGUAAUGGCGAUCGUCGAGGUGUCUACUACGGCUCGAAUUCAUCCUCUCCCGCUCCAUCCGUAUCAGGGGAACAACAGGACCAACUCUCCGAACUCAAUCAAGCUGAUAACUCAUUCGAUAGCAACCAAGAACACACCAUCAUCGCUCAUGAGCACCCCCCAAGCACUUCCAGCUCUCAACUAUCACCCCCUAAACUUAUCCGCAAACCUCCCCCACCCGAGCGACACCGUUCGGUUCCAAUCGGCUUUGGCGAUACCUACCUCAAAAGACCUCGGCCACCAAGUAGGAGAAGCAAAGUCUCGAGCGUCGAUUUGCCUUCAACUUACUCCACUCCCUCCAAAUUCGCCCAACAUCGUCCAACCUCCUCCACUCUCCGCACCCAGUCUUCCCCCGGCGCGGAAGCCGAACUAGAUAGCAGUCAGGAUCCCAAUUCUAACCAAAGCCCCGAACUCCAGCUCGGUACUCCCUUCUCAGCCCGCAAUCCUCAGUCGCAGUCUUUACACAGCUCGGCCGCACAUCUGACACCCAACAACCUGUCAACUGUGAUCUUCAACAACCGACAACGUGGUCUAUACGAUUCAUCUGAGGACAGUCUGGAAGCUGAAGCCCCACCGGACUCGAAUGAGAGUGCGCCGGACCCGACGGACAUCAUCCGACGGAUCCGAACGGACCCCAGUAGUCGACCGAACUCGAAAGUGUACACUCGAGUCUGGGAAUCAGGCAUCGGCCUCGACGGCUAUCCCACCCCACCCGCCGAGCUUCACACGAUGAUGAAUGCUGAAGAUCUGGUCCGAAGCUGCGAAGAUCUGAAAACUAAGAACAAGGAACUCGUCAAUCAGAUCGUCGCCUUGGAAAAGAUCCAUGAGGACGAGAUCGUCAGAUUGACCGACGAAGUCGACGAACUCAAACAGGAACUCUCCAGUUGCAAAAAAUCCGAAAAGGAGCUUGCAAACGUCUCCUCUACUCUUAGAUAUCAACUCACUAACUCGGAUGAUCAGAUGAGUCGAUUGAACUCGAAUAUGAGCCUCCUCGAAGAUAAUUAUCAUAAGAUUAAGCUCAAAUGGGAAGAGGCUGUUGCUGAAUCAGAAAAACUCAGGAGGCAACUUAAUCUUAAGGAAGAAGAACUCAGAUGCGCCAAUCGAAGCAUUCAAUCCCAUGCUAGUGAAGUCAAAAAGUGGGAACUUGACCGACAGAUGCGAGAAGAUCACAUCAAGAACUUGAACGUGGAAUUGCAAGAACUCCAGACGACACGGGAGAUCCUAGAAGAACAAAAGCAAGCAAAUCUAGAUUUGAAAGCGACGAUUGACCGAUUGAAGUCACGGAUCCGAGAUGAGGCCCCAUGCCUCGACGGUGAUGAUGAAAGAGAGAUCGAGCUCCAGGAUGCGUCGACGGACACAGGCAGACUUGACGACGUUCAAGACGGCGGACACCCAGACGGAUCCGAUCCCGGAGCCGCCGCCGGUCUACCGCCCCAAGAUGGAAGAUUUGCAAGUCCCAAACCGAGCCCACUCCAUCCGAAUCAGAAUCCACAGAACAAGAAGAAGAGGCGGAGGAAACGGAAGAAGAGGAGGAGGACCCGCUCUUGAAGCUGGUCGCUGGGAUUGAUCCCCAUGUCUUGAAGCUCGCAAUCGAUCAUAUCAAGCGAGAAAUGACUGAGCCUGCUCAACAAGGCCCCUCCGAGGAGGACCAUCGGGACGACUCGGGUUCUUCGACGGCAUCCUCUAGUCUAAGCGAGGCUGAGCCGAGUCCGACGGCCGAGCCGGACGCCGAAGCCAAGCCCUUUAUGAGAGGCGGCUCUCCAGAAGGGACGAGUUACUGGAGUCGCUGGGGUCUUUCGGCCGUCGAGCUGCUCUCGUUAGACGGCCUGUUAUCCUCACUUGGUAUGCGUGAUCGAGCGUCGGAGGCGGAGGACGGGACGGAGGGGGAGAAGAGAGCAGGGCUUGAGAGGGAGGACGUAUUAAGACGCCGGCUCCGAAUAUGCUCGUCCUUGGUCAUGUUCCUGGCCACCGGAUACGUGCUCGGCAACCUGAUCUUCCGGGGCCCGUCGAGCUUCACAUGUCCCUCAGGAACCCUCCUCAACGCCACCUCCCCAUCCGCCUCAUCAUCCUCUUCAUCAUGCAUAAUCGAAGGGCUCAAACGGUCCAACUCAGACCAUCUCGCCUAUUCUCUCCUCCUCUCCUCCCCCUCUCCUCCCCUGCCAACGGCUUUCAAUUCCUCCUCUGCUGCGCUCGGUCAUUCGGCUUCUUCGAUCAGAAUCCAGCCCGCCAGUCUCGCCCAGCUUAUCGACUUCAAUGCCGUCGCCGCCGGCAAAGAGGGAUUCAUCGUACAGAUUCGUAAUCAUAUCGAUCUGCUUCUCCGGUGGAAAGAUUUCGGCACUAAUAUGCUGUGGAGUACCGUCUCCAAGUACCAAACUAAUCCCACCUAAACACACACACACACAGCCAUCAAUCUCUCUUACAACCCUUCUCUCUCCUCCUCAUUUUUUUUUUCUAUAUCUCCUGCCUUAUCCCUUUUCUCCUCUUAUCUUCUUUUUUUUCUUGAAUACUUGGGCUCCAUUUUCUUUUGCAUUUUUUCUUCUUCGUUUGAUUAAUUAGAAGUGGAGUGGAGGAGUGAGUGAUUGUGCGGAAGUGUGGAGUGGGUUGUUGAGUGACUGGCCGAAGCAGAGAUCUGGUGAUGGCGGUGGUCGCUAGCAAUUCAUGUUCUUUCUUUCUUUCUUUCUUUCUCUCUCUCUUUUUUU